CGGUAUGGUCAGUGGCCGUGUAUGACGGUGUUCUGUCAAUGCUACGCAGCACACGUUUUGAGUCAAAAUGGCGCUACUGCAGCGAAUGAGAAACAGUCAGGGCUCCAAUGCUGCAGAGAUAGAGAAGAAAAUUAAAAGGGGUAAUGCGCUGCGGCAGGGAUCUGCAUGGAGAGGGUCCAGAGGGCUUAUGGCUUUGCUGCUGGUCGUUCUAUCUGUGUGCGUGGUGGCUAUGUGGCUGUACGUGAUCUCACUGGACAGUGACAUCACAGAAACACUUGUUCGUCAGGGUGAGCUGGUCUCUCUCCAGCCCAGAGUCUUCACCAUCCAGUGCUCUGAUGACUACGACAACUACAAACGCUACCCAGGAUGCACCCCUCAGAAGUGUGGCCGUGCGGUCACAGACAGCGUGGUGACGAGGGAGGAAGCUCAGGUUCUCAGGAGGCUGGCUGAGAGAGGGAUGGCGCUGGCUGGGUCAGAGGGAGGAGCUUCCAUACUGGACCUGCACUCUGGAGCGUUGUCAAUGGGCAAGCAGUUUGUAAACAUCUACAGGUACUUUGGGGAUCAGAUCGGGGAUGUGUUCACACAAGAGGAUUUCCAGCUUUACAGAAAUGUACGCGGGCGAAUCCAGACAGCUAUUGCUGAGACGUUUGGUUUGGACCCAAGUCUGAUGUACCUCACCAAGCCCACCUUCUUCUCCAGAAUCAACAGCACGGCAGCCAAGACCCAACAUGAUGAGUACUGGCACCCACACAUAGAUAAGGUGACUUAUGGCUCUUUUGACUACACCUCACUCCUGUACCUGUCUGACUACGGCUCUGACUUCACUGGAGGAAGAUUUAUCUUCAUGGACCAAAAUGGCAACCGCACAGUGGAGCCACGGGCAGGACGAGUCUCUUUCUUCUCUUCUGGCUCAGAGAACCUCCACCGCGUGGAGAAGGUGACAUGGGGGACGCGCUUCGCCAUCACCGUGUCCUUCACCUGCGACCCUGCGCACGCCAUCUCAGACCCUGCCAUGCCCUGAGGCACACACGGGUGACAGCACUGCUCACUGGCUGGAACAAGCCCUAUAACAAAGAGGGGGAUCACAGGGGAGAGGUGAGGAAGGAAGAAGUGAGACUUAACUCGUAACAUUGAUGUCCUGUGGCUGCACGGUCAAUAUCUGCAAUUUUCUUUUAUUCUUCAGAUAUUGACUUGCUGCCCCUCACUGAUUGUGUUCCAGAAAAACGCACAUACAUUCACCCUCUCUUCUGCAGAGGUGUUUCUUCUCUCUUUUAUCUUUUUAUCCAAUUUUCUACAACAGUGUCUUUUUUAUUGUGCCAUCAUAAUUGCCAGAAUGAGGCAUUUUUGGGUUCUCAGCACAUUUCCACAGUCUGUUCCUCUCGAUCAUUUGGGGGACAGCUUGAGCAAAGAUUGCCUCUCCACUGUAACAGUUUCAAAGAGGCUAAAGUGGGAUUGUGUUUUCAGUGUUGCGGUGUUUUUCAUCUUAUGGAGAGCUGUCAAUUCCUUGAAGACGAGAUAUAAAUCUAGUGAAUCACUUACUGACUCAACCUUUUAUCACAGAAACCCCACUCAUACUCGCUCCCACCUGUGACCAAGGAGGUGUUUUCUUCUAAGAAGAACCCUUUUCUUCUCCAAAACUGAUUGCUCUUUCUAGUGUUACUAUUUACUUCAAUGUGGUCAGUAAGGAUGGUAUAAAAUAAAAUACUGACAGAACCUGAAA